GGGGCAUGUUGGAAUACAGGUGGGUAAAGAAGCAGUAACGUGUAAGAGGAACAGUGACAAUAACGAGGUGUGGAAUUUAAAUGUGCAGCUCAACACCAACCAACACACCGUGUGUCUAUAUUCUGCAUUAUGAAGAAUAAAGUACAGUCACGUGAUCUGGGAUAAACGCCCAAAAGUCUUGGUACCCCAGAUCCUGUAAACACCCGACUAUUGGGUUCACACACACACACACACACACGCACACACUGAACACUGUAUACGGUUCACACACACACACUGAACACUGUAUACGGUUCUCUCACACACACACACACGCACUGAACACUGUAUACGGUUCUCACACACACACCGAACACAGUAUUCAGUUCAUACACACACAUACACCGAACACCAUAGUGCACUCCCGCUAUCCCACAAUGCACAGCAACAGUGUAACUUGUCAUCGCUCUUUGGUUGUUUAACUGCUCACGUGAUCAUAAGAAACUCCACAUAAGUCCGGGGUCCCGUCUGCUGUCUGUCGCUCCCCUCGCCAUGGGCACCACACUGAGUGAACCCUGCAUCUACGACAAGCUCUCGGAGAGCAUCGACAUCCUGCGGCAGUCCGGUUACCGGUACGGCAUGUCCGAGAGAGAGAUCGAGAAGUUCAUAAAGCAGGUCCUGGAGACCAACGAGCCGCGCAGAGAGCCGGCCCAAUUCCCCGUCCUGAGGGCCUCCAUCAAGGUCAUCACGGUCGUGUGUCUUCUGCUGCUGAUGGCUUUGAUGUUUGCGUACACUCAGUGUUUACCUACGUCCGGCUCGGUCGGCGCAGCAGAACAGUACAACUGGUCGUCGCCUCUGAGUCACAUCCGACUGCUGUCGUUGCCCAUCGCCAAGAAGUACAACCUGCACAGUUUCCAUGCGUGGUGGAGCAUGAGUCACACGCUGCUCAACUGCUCUGGAUGUUCCACUGUUUCUGCGGUGUUCGAAGUGUCCACGUUAAUAAACAAUGAGUCUGUUCACAAACACACACGACCUGUGCUAGUGAAGGGUGGAGAGUCUCUGUGUUUGCGGAGGCAGCAGCUGGAGGCGCUUCACUCAUCACACUUUGGCUGUCUGUCUGUCCUGAUGGAGGAGAAGGAGGAACUGAUGUCAGAGGUUUUCCCUCAGGGACCAGCCAACUUCAGCCUUCUCUGGAGGGUCGACCCUGAGUCGAGGGAUAACGUGUUUCACUCACUCUUUCCUAGUGCACUACUGUGCCCCCUUACGCAGAGUGUAGGAAGGACAGUGCAGCGCUGUCGAGUCACACACAGCACCAGCUCUCAAAGCAGAGGAGAGUGUGUGUUAGGUUGGUUAUUGGUUGGUGAAGGCUUUCCCACAGUGCGUGUUUUACCACAUCAGCACUGCCAAACCCACUGCAGCUCCUUUAACUUGUGGCUUGAACCGGGAGAUCUGGUGUACGCAGACCCAUAUUUCUGGCAGCUGGAGCUGUUCCCUGGUCGAGGAGAGAACGUGGUUUGCGUCGGCUCGGCCGUGUCAGACUCCAGCACAACGCCUUCAGCGCUUCACUGUGUUUAGUUUCUUUUACACAUCAGUCAGAGAAACCUGAGAGCUCCGCUGUUGCAGUGUUGGACACGUCCCACCCUCUGGCUACACAUUUCCUAGCUGUAACCUGGGAACAUACAAGAUGUCCUUUAUACUGAUUUCUACAGAUGAUGAGGUAUUGAUCGUUGGCUGUACGAUAUUUAAGAAACUGAACAGUUUAACACACACCACAACAUUAAAGCCUUGUGCUCUGUGCUGCAGGGAAACAUUUGUGUGUGUGUGUGUGUGUGUGUGUGUGUGUGUGUGUGUGUAACACAUCAUGUGAUCAAAUAAACCACAGUCUAAUGUUUCACAUGUGGAUCAGAACAAAGCUAUGAGAAUUAAUUCCACUGUACACGUGAAGGAGAUUUGGGCACUUUGAUUAUUUUGGAAUGAAAAAUCAAGCUGUUUCAUGUAAACAAAUGGAACUUUGUCAUCACAAGCCUGACUCUGAUCUGUUAACUUCAAGUUGUUGUUUAAUUCAUUUAUAAAGAACUUGUAUGUUUAUUUUAAUUUUGACUAUUAAAUGUAUUGUGUCUCUGAAUAACUCACACACUCAGCUUCCCCUCAGAUAUAACACAGUAAAGCUGUGUGUGUGUGUGUGUGUGUACGUGUGUGAUAGUGUGUGUGAGAGAGAGAGACACACACACGCACACAGAAAGAAAUUAAUGCAGAAUUUGCAGUACACAUUAUAACAGCUCCUUGUUAACUCCCUCUCCUCAGACAGACUGUAACUGCACUGAAGGCUUACAUACACACUCCCAAUCCCUUUAGUCCCUCAGUGUGUGUCACUGCCUAUAAACACACAACCCUUUACUGAAAACUAAACUUUUAUUUUGCAUUAUUGUCUUGUAAAGAUUGUUUUUUUUUUUUUUUUUUAAAAAUUGUCUGAUUUCAACACAUCCAUGUUGGUUAAUUUCCAUCCCCUUUAAGGCAAAAAAUCUUCCCUUGAAUGAGAGAACGGUGUGAUGAGGCGGUGAUGGUGUUUAAAACAACGAUUUGCUCACUAAAGAAUUAAGGGGUAAACUAGCUGGUUUUCUCAUUAACUAAUACAACACUUACCUUUAGGUGAACUGGCUUCUGGGUAAUUAUUGAUGGUCAUGUUAUAGAGGACUCACCUGAGGGAAGGUGAUCAUGUUCAACACAGUACUGAAAUGCAACCACACUAUUAUUAUUGUCUCAUCUCAGUCAAGUGAUAUUUAAAUUGAUAUGAAUAUGCAUAUUUAUAUAUAUAUAACACACACACAUACAAUACUAUCUGUUAGAAUCUGUACUGGUGGUAAUUAGUGAUUAUUAAAACUGCAGGUAUAUAAAUAUAAAUAAAUAUGAAUAAAUACAGAUGUAUGUUUAA